AUACAAGAACACUCCCGAAAUUUGGAAUAUUCAUUAUUUCAUUAUUCGAAGCUUUCGAAGCAAGGCUCCGUUGAGGUGUACGUUAGUUCUUGGUAAGCUGCAGUAACUAACUUUCAGACAAAAGGGAAAUAUGACAACCUAUUGCAAGUACACGGUAAGUCUGAAAAAAUAUACAGCAACGGGCUGUUAUAUUCACUUUCAUGCACAUACAGUAAAUUAAUACAGUCAUUGGGAACGAACUAACGAAACCACAUAGUUCUAGUGUGCAGAAGUGAAUCCUCGUUUUGGUUUUAGUUUCUUAUUUACCAGUUUAGUAGUAAAGAAUCAAAUAGUAAACUCGACUUAAAUCAAUCUUUUAGCUUUCACUUGCGCCAAUGUCGUAAUGAUAAAAACUUGGUGCUACAGCAGCUUCCGCACGAGUGUCUCGUUUUAUAAACCGAAAUUUACAUUCAUUUUACCGAAAUAAACCUCGUGUUAUUUUAAUCUUAGAAUCAUUAUUAACAACAGUAUUUGAUGCUUACUUUUCUUGUUAUCCAUUGGCUACACGUUUUAAAGGUUAUUAAACGUUUAAGCUUGUGCUUGUUACUACUUGUUGUAAAGAAUCUUACAAAGACGGACGGACGAAGAGCUAUCAAAUCUGGCAUAGCGAAAUAUACCAUCGACACAGCUUUACUAUAUAUAUAUAUAUAUAUAUAUAUAUCGUACUCAUUCUAAUCACAGAUCGAAAUAAACUCUAUUCUGAAAGAAAGAAAACCAUGCAAUUUAUUUUCUUAUACUCUGAGACUGAGAGUCUGAGUUAUAGCAUAGAACUGAAAGUAAUUUAUUCAUGGAGUUUGAAAGACGAGACUUUGACAAAGCGCAAUAUCGAAACGACACUGUGAAGCCAAAGGCCAGCUCAAAGAAACAGUUCUCAUCUGGAAUAAUUUGUUAUUUUACAUAGUCCGACCAUACCGACAUAUAGACAACGUCUUCUUGUGUUUACGCCGAGUUUAUUCGAUUCCAGCAGAUUCCAGCAAGUUUGGCUUACGCGGCAUUCGUGAUUCGCUGUUUCAUUUUCAGUCUACUGUUUAAUAUGACAAAGCAUGCCCGCAUGUAGCUAGUACGUAUGGCGACUGAAAUUAUGGUCUGGAAGGAACUCUAAAGACUAAAGUGAAAUAAUGCUAGCUCAAAUCAACACCCCCAUCGUAGUACAACCACAAAAGAUUUGUACUUUUGACUAAAACGAUGCACAUCAAGAGAAGAAUCCGUGAUCUUGGUCAGUUGAAAUUUAAUCCGCAUGUAUUAUGUUGCCCCGCCAUUGCAAACCACUCGUCCGUGUGACCGUGUCGAGUAUUCAAGAUAAAUAUAAAGAUUAUAAGUCCUCGACAUCGCUAUCGGAAAAUGUCUUGUUUAAAAUUCUACACUCGACUGUGGUCUAUUUCUUUGAAUAGGAAUGGGAAAAGGAAUGGGAAUGAUGAGGACUGAAGACCGAAGAAGUGAAGAAUACUUAUAUAUAUUUAAUUAAGCCGUUAUUUUACUGUAAGAUUAAGUGGUCUAAGUUUGAUUCUAAAGAAUAAAAUUAUAAAAGGUUUCUAUAUAUGCAUGCUUUUUGUCUUCAUGAUUUAGUAUAUUUCAUACUGAUCCUGUUGAAGUUAUUCCUAUAAGUGCGAAAGGAAACAGAUGUAGUCGAAAAAAUUAGGGAAUAUAUGAUAAGUGAGACGUAGUCAUCAAUUGUCUAUGACUUACUGUUAGUUAUUCAGGUGUAUAACUGAUUCCACUAAUAUAUCGUUUACAGUUCAGCGAUGUACAGUUUUGCACAAAAUUAUAGACUACGAAGGUAUAAACAUCUCGCUGUUUAUCGUCAUAUGUCGUCACUCAUCAGUCAUGCAUGCAUUAAAAAUCACGAGACUGCAGAGAGCGUUGUUUGUGUAAAGGCUAAAGUGUAAUAUGUUCAGACUUAACUUUGCAAGUUGUACACGUUUUGGUGGUCCUAUGUUAUUCAACAAUCAUCUUAAAAGAAAAUGUGGGCCUUAAUAGUGAAAGACAUGAUUCGAAUAUAUGCAACUCAGCAGGACUCUGAAAGAUGGAAUGCGCCAUAUCAUGAACAAGGUCAUUUUUGUUUGGUUUAAUCCUGUGUGUUGGUUGGCAACUGCAUAUAGUUUGUGGUAUUGUGUAUUAAACUUUAAUCACUCUAUUUUAAUUUAAAUCAUAAACAAAAUUUUGUUCGUAUGUUUUGAAAUGCAACCGCUCAACUUGGUUUUGCCUGUUGCAUUUCAAUAUUUUAACGACGUAAUGAAGUGUUCCUGCUUUUACCAAUAUUUUACCCUGUUAGUCAUGUUUUAGAGGUGUGAAGACAAGUGAAAAGAUGGAUUAGCCAGUCGCCAAAUGCAACAAACAGGUGAGUCAAAAACGAAGUGAAUAUGGUCAGUUUUGGUGAGGGAGGACGGAUACAUUGUUCCAUGGCAAAACUGAUAAAUAAUAUAGCUUUACAAAGAUUUUCGUUUGGAGCUGUAAUAUUAAUUUCAAGAAUUCAUUCUCAUGAAAAUUUCCUGCUCAUUUGUACUAUUCACUAUGGUAAUUUUUCACUUUUCAUUAAAUUAUCAUUGUGCAUUUUCUAUUUAAUAUUGUUCAAGAAGCUUGUGUGUAACUGCAGUUAUUUAUAUUUACAUGUUCUGUUCUAUUUCUUCUUUACAGCCACGUUCAAGACGACUAUAUCUGCUAUUGGAAAAAAGUUUGCAGCCUUGAAGGAAUUCUUAGACUUAGUGCUGUGAAGCAAAAUUGUUUGCCGUAAACAUUCAGUAAAGGAUUAUGUCAUGAAAAUGUUGCAUCCAAAACAAUUCUAAUCUAGAAGGACGAACAGAUUAUGUGAGCAAGAGAACAUGCACGAUUUUUGCUGAUUUAUCUUUUACACCACUGGACUAGAAAUAUGUUAAUGCAGAACUGUUGCGGUCUGUGCCUAUUGGCUAUGGAGAUUAGGAACCAGGCAUAUCCAGCACGUAAUUCGUCUGAGGAUUUCAUGAUACUGAUCCAGGAGGCUGAUUUCAGGACAUUAAAGCCUUUGGCAGUUUUGUACGUGAUACAACACCAGCGACUUCUUUUAUAAUUGUUUCGCGAUAAUUUCCGGCAUAACAGCUUUCCAUCUAAAUCGCUUUUGUAAAAUUUCUGCGUAACAUUCAUUUUCACGUCUUUACUUGCGUCACGUUUCACCUUCAUGUUUAACCUUUACUCUUUAAUAGUCAGUUUUUGACUCCUGACUCCGAAUGCAUGACUUGCCAUGCAUGUUAGAACGUAACGAGAUCUGUGAUUUAUAUUUUACUUUAGGACUCUUCUUUUGCAUCAAGUGGUGGAGUUGGUGGAUAUUUAUUACGAAAACGAAAGCAUACCGACUGUGAUUAUGGAGAGCAAAACAAUCUGAAUCAAAAACCAAAGCCAAAAGUAUAAAUGAUUAUUUAUUGUUGAAAUUCUACUAUAUUGUACCGAUUGUAUGUUGUCAUUUUUAAAAUGGAAACGAAAUGCACUUUAUUAUUCUUUAAAUCCUAUGCUGUAUAUAUGGUUUAUUACAUUAUUCCUGAAUUGUACAUCUUUUUUAAUUUAGGUUAUUUAAUUAGUUCUCAUAUAUAAUUAUAUCUGAGACUGAGUUGCAAUCAGUAAUAUACAUUUUUUUCUUUAUAGGAUGUAGUUUCAGGCCGUGAUAAAUUAGGAUCUUCGGCCGAAGAGUCUGAGGUAAAUAAUACACGUAUUAUACAACACACAAAAAUAGGCAUACAUGCACAUGAAAUCAUGAAUAUGGUUCAAUGCAUCUCAUGGCUAAAUAAUAUUAAACGAAGCUUUAUAUGUAGCCUAUAGGAGGCAAGUUUUGUACAUGCCUUGUUUGACAAAGGGCUGUACGUAUCUUGAGCGUAUUAGUUAUGUUUUGUAUUAUUAUAUAGGAGGACAGCGACUACGGUUAUGACGUCGAAGACAAUUAUUGCUCUCUAGAACAACUCGACGAAGAUUUAGAUGAACAGAUGAAUUCAGAGGAAUUCAUCAAUGCACUGAACGCUCUGAAAGGCAAAAUGGAAAAAGAUGCCCAAAAAAACUAAUAAAAUUAACAACAUUAAUAAUACACAUGAAAAAAUUACUCAGUUCUGUUUGGCUAAAGGAGUAAAGGCAGUGCAAUUUUAUCGACAUAUAUGCACUGUACCAAAAAAUAAAUUAUACGUUGCAAAAACAAAAGAUAUGUUGAAUAAAGUUAAAUUUCGCAAACACUUGUUUUAUGCAUGCAGGAGACCAUGAAUUUGCUUCUGUGUAAUUUUUCAUGUAUAUUAUUAAUAUGUGUAAUGGCAUGGUUUCUGGAGCAACUUGGAAAAACAAACGCUCUAGCUGACUCUUUCAAAUAGUUCAAAUGCACUCGAGUUUCGGACUCGUGCUACUUUGAUCGUCUUUGAAAUAUUCAUUUCGUGCAUGUUUUUUCCAGUUUCAGUCAAAACCAUACUAUUUCAAUACAUAUACAAAGCUCCGUUGCUUAUGCAUCAUCGACAAAGCCCAGUGGCAGUGCUCUACGUUCUUUGGUAGUUAUAACGGAUCAGAUCGGAAAUUCUUUCAUGAAGAUAAAACGUAGCAGGAUUCUCAAACUGAAGAGAUGAGGCAGGUUUUAACUUGGCCAGUACGUUUUCUUUGUCCAGCAUCGAACACGCCUUCUAAUACUAAUAGAGGUCCGACCACGCGUACAUUCGUACCUUAAUUAAUUGUAGGAAAUUGAAACGUAAACCGCUGUGUAUAUUUGUAUAAAUUGUAAAGCCCAGAUCAAACGAAGAUGAGAGUUGACAGUCACGCGACCAUUAACUGUUCUUAAUGCUUUUCCAACACUAUCAUGUAUUCUAUUGAAGUUGAAACAUAGUUGGAAAACUUAUCAAACCUUUCUUUUGUUAAUCUAGAGCUUGAAAUACCCCCUGUAACAAUUAGUGACUGCCAAAGGCUCAGCCUCAUUUGACCGGGGCUAAAAGAAAGCUAAAUUUAUUUAUUUUUAAAACAAUGUAUAUAUAAGUACAAGAAAGACGAGUGUGUGUUUGUUUGAACAUUACUACUGUAAUGACCUUAAAUUUAGAGUGCUUCUGGAGACAGUUUGGACAUUUGGGCGUGGCCCAACCUCGUCCCCAGGCUCUUUCCUCUACGCUGCGAUUCCCGCGUGCAGCGCUUUAACCAACUGAGCUACAGAGUCCAGUUGUACAGAGUUGUCAGUAGCUCAGUUGGUGUCCUGGUUAGGUCUAAUAAAUGUGUAAAAAUUCCACUCGAAAUUACAUCCACAAAACCCUUUAUUGCUUUUAAAGUAAAGUGUAACUCAUAACCAGGAGCUUCCAAAGUUGGAAUUUCCGAACCUAUACACACACUCUGG